CAGCCGGGGGAGCGGCGCGGCGGGGGGACCCGGGCGGGCCGCCAUGGCGUCGCCCCCGCUGGCCGCCGGCAGCGGCGGAGGAGAGAGCUCGGGCUCCGAGGAGCCGGGGACGGCCCCGCCGGGCCGAGACCUGCCCGCCCUCUUCGAGCAGGCGGCCGAGCGGCUGCCGGCGCUGCUGCCCGCCGCCAGCAAGGAGCAGCUGCUCUACCUGUACGCCCGCUACAAGCAGGUGAAAUUUGGAACCUGUAACACUCCCAAGCCAGGCUUCUUUGAUUUUGAGGGAAAACAGAAAUGGGAGGCUUGGAAAGCCCUGGGAGACACCAGCCCUCAUCAAGCUAUGCAGGAGUAUGUUGCUACAGUGAAAAAACUGGAUCCCAGUUGGAAUCCACAGGUGACAGAGAAGAGGGGAAAAGAAAACAAAACUGCAUUUGGAGGCCCAGUUGUCAGCUCUUUAUAUCAAGAAGAAACAAUCAGGGAAGAGGACAAGAACAUUUUUGAUUACUGCAGAGAAAACAACAUUGACUACGUUACCAAAGCCAUUCGAUCAAAAAAAGUGGACGUGAAUGUCACAGAUGAGGAGGGCCGGGCUCUGCUUCACUGGGCGUGUGACAGAGGACACAAGGAGCUGGUUUCAGUUUUGUUACAACAUGCUGCUGAUGUUAACAGCCAGGAUGGGGAAGGCCAGACUGCCCUCCAUUAUGCUGCCGCCUGCGAGUUUUUGGACAUCGUGGAGCUGUUGCUGAAGUCGGGAGCUGACCCCAGGCUGCGGGACCAGGAGGGCUGCCUGCCGGAGGAGGUGACAGACUGUAAAGCCAUCACUUCAGCUCUGCAGCAGCACACGGCUGGCCAGGCCUAGCAGAGACACCUCCACAGUUUAACACCCUUCUCUUCCCCGGCUGCCCUCCAAAAGGGUUUGAAGGGCAGCUUUUAGAACACACAGGGGCUGGGUGGGCUCUCCAGCACCAAGGGGCUGGCUGGCCAAGCACGUGUCCAGGGCAGGAUGGGAUCAGGGUUGUGCAUGCUGUGACAUUUAUCAGUUUGUUUGGGUUUUGUGGGGGUUUUUUUAGGGGUAGGGGGGUGGCCAGGGAGGGGAGAGACAGUCUGGAGAGGCCCCAAGUAUUGUUGUAAUGUAUUAAACACAAGUAAGUGUGUUGGGUGUCUCUCCUGUAGGAGGGGUGGGCUGCUGGGCCAGGUAUGAUCCUCAUUUCUCCUGUUCAGGUUGAGUUUUGGUUUUCGUUUGUUGUUUUGUUUUGUUUUUUUCUCCUGGGUCCAAACGAAAUAUUAUAAAUAAAAGCACAGUGUGGGGAA